CAGUGCGCGCCCGCCCGUCCCCGCCGGACCGGCCGCCCUGAAUGAUCCGUCCCGGAAUCCCCCGCGCGCCGCCGCCGCCGCCGCCAUGGCGUUCACGUUCGCCGCCUUCUGCUACAUGCUGGCCCUGCUCCUCACCGCCGCCCUCAUCUUCUUCGCCAUCUGGCAUAUUAUAGCUUUUGACGAACUGAAGACUGACUACAAGAAUCCCAUAGACCAGUGUAAUACGCUCAACCCUACAGUUGAAAAGGUUAAAAAGAUUAAAAGAGUCAAAAUUGCAUUAAAGCUUGUACUUCCCGAGUACCUCAUCCAUGCGUUCUUCUGUGUUAUGUUUCUGUGUGCGACAGAAUGGCUUACGCUGGGUCUCAAUAUGCCGUUGCUGGCUUACCACAUUUGGAGGUACAUGAGCAGACCAGUAAUGAGCGGACCGGGACUUUAUGACCCCACCACAAUCAUGAAUGCAGAUAUUUUAGCGUAUUGCCAGAAGGAAGGAUGGUGCAAACUAGCAUUUUACCUUCUGUCCUUUUUUUACUACCUAUAUGGCAUGAUUUACGUUUUGGUGAGCUCAUAAAAACAGAUGCCCGAUGGACUGGGUUCCAGCAAAGUGCAUGCAGUAAAGCCGCCAGACACGGGGGUAUUUUCCAAGAAGAACCUGUUAUCAAGAUUUUAGCCGUGGAAUCCGAUGAUCGCGGUUGUGAUGUGGGGGGAAAGCCCCCAAAUGACUCCCUUUUCUCCCUCCCUUCCUCCUUCCUCUGAAAUAUGUCCACAUUUUAAUACUCGCGGAAAGACUGUUUUUGUUUUUUUUAAAAAAAUAUAUAUGCUGGGAUGUGUUAAAAUUACAAGAAAUUAUAUAAAUGAAUGUCGAGCAACUUCCUCUGCCGUUGAGUAGUUUUGACCCCGCAGUCCCUGAGGAACAACCCCCCCCCCUUUGUAUUGAUCUCCCUGUUCCUUUUUUUUUUGUUUACCGGACUUUGUAGUGGUCGUUUUGGUUCUGAAUUUCCAUCUAGCUGUAUUUGAUGGACUUCAUGCUUUUCUGUUUGUUUUCUGUUAGGUGACUCCUUCGUGUCUUAUAGAUGAAUAUCUGAGUACAACUAUGGGGGAAAAUGUAGUUCAGGGGGUUGGUUUUUUGUUUCUUUCAAUACUCUUUGGAUAUUCUUUUCCUAGAAUGUGCAUGGCUCGGACUUUCCGUAUUUACAGCAAGCAUACCUCUGGCUUUAGCUUUCCCGGCUAAGUGGAUAAGCUAGGAGGAACCUGUAAAAAGUACCACACCUUGAAAAGCCCCUUUUAAUUUUUUUGUUUGUUUGCUCAAGAAGAAGAUUCUUCGCAGUUUUAAGCGACCAUCGAGCCUGGAUCAAAAGCGGUAAUAAAAAUAGUUUUGUGAGCCUGCGGGCGAAACCGCCGACGUACUGAAACGCCCGUCCGGCGAAGUUGGGUAAAUACCCCCCGCUGUCCCUUUGCGCAACGCAAUAAAAACCUCCCAAGUGA